GCAUGCGAUGAGUUAAAUGACCAGGGGGGCUCGGGACACGCACGAACAAAAUAGCAUUUAUCUUCUAUUCACUGCAAGUCGUCGCCCACGGAUUCUUUUAAGCCAUUGACUUUCAUAACUAUCAUGCCACACCAGGAGAGGUUCCGCAACAUUCCGUGAGGUUUUUAAGACUCUUCAUAUCUCUGGUUUGGAUCUAAACGUCGAACGCAUCUGAUCGCAGAGUUUCAUGAGAGUCGCUCACUGUCUCACGAAACUUUCAGCACUAUAUAACUGGGCCUGUAGCAAGCUCCCCCAUCACUAGUUCAUCAGUAUUAUUAUCAGUGUCACACAUUUUUUUUUGAGGAAUAAAUAGAGAACAGAACCAGAUAGUCAAGAUGACGAUUGAUAAAAAAUGGGUGAUAUGCAUUGUCUUCACAUCUCUAAUUGUUGUUGCAGCAGUCGUCACACCAGUGGUGGUGAUGAUGCAGAAGUCGGAGGCCGGGACUAGCGGGGUGAACGACCCUUACCUGUCCGCUGGACAGGGAGCUGCUCUUACAGAUCAGGAGCAGAUGAUGGGGGCGCAUGAAACUGGAAUGGGAGGAGUAGCCGGUGGGGCAGCCGCCCCUAAUGGCGCAGCCAUGGGCCCGAGUGAGAUGGUCGUCCAGUUUGGAGGCAUGGUGGAAUGUUUAGUGAGGAGGGGGUCCCUCGCCUACAAUGGCUACGGCUGCCACUGCGGGCUGGGAGGCGGGGGCAAGGCCGUUGAUGCUACCGACAGGUGUUGUCAGGUGCAUGACCGGUGUUACAGCCAGCUGAAGAAGCAGGGCAUCUGCAAAGGAGACAAGUCGGUGUAUUUCACCUAUUACAAGUCUAAUAUGAACAAUUGUGACACCCCCAACGCUAAGAUAUGGUGUGCCAACCAUCACCAAUACUCGUUCUUUGAUAGCAUGCUCGCCGGCAAGCAGCCCCGAUGUGCCUCAGCUCUCUGUCACUGCGACCGUACAGCCGCUCUUUGCUUUGCCCGACAUAGCAACAGCUACAGCCUCAACUAUGCGUCUUUUCAGGCUAAGAAAACCUGUUAGCUGUUGCCAAUUUAAGUUUAAACAUUCCAUCCAUUAAUUUCUAUUUGUAGUGCCGCCAUAAUGCUUGUCCUUUUCAUCAAACUUAAUUUAAUCAUAAAUAUGUUUCGAUUUUCAAUUACCUCCCCCCCCCCCCCCCCUCCAAUAAUAAUAAUAAUAAUCAUACUCAUAGAACCAGAUAGAUUUUAAAGCUCGCUUUCAUUAAUAUGCACAUUUUGGCACUUUAAUAGGCUUGUUUUUAACGUCUAUGUCUUUAUACAUUUUUAUUCUAAGUGUAACACCCCCACACAAAUAGGGUGAUAAUGAUGGUUAUUUUGAAAGUUUGAAAAAACCAAACGGCGAAAUGGUUUUCGCAUUUUUUUAAAAGUGCACUGAAGAAGGUAACAUUAACACAAUAUGGACCGGUCCACCCCCCCCCCCCCCCGCUCGACAUCCACAAGUGAUCAACGGAGCUUAUGUUGCUAUAAAAAGGGAGAUAGCAGGCCUAUAUAAUGUAAGACAGCAUGAACACAAUCCGGAAUUUAUAUUUAUACCACAGUCUUUCAAAUCUUCGAUGUAUUUGUUAAUUGAAUUAAAAAAUGUAUACAGUAAAAAAUGAACUUUCUACUUAAAGCAUUUACGUUUCAUAAUAAUGCAGUAAAUGUAAAAUCGUAGAUAAAUUCAAUCAUGCUGAUAAAAGUGCCUUUACUUUCCUCCAAUUUAUAACAAAAGUUAAUAAGAAAAUUGUUUUUAAAAGUUAUGUGUUUUUCUGGGCAGCAGAAUAAUAUUGUGCUUUAUAAAUGAUCUUUACUGUAAAAAGUAAUUUAACACAUUUUUGUCGAUAAUAAGUCAAAUGUUAAAACUCUUUCAAUCAAAUUCGCCACUGUUUAAAGUUGCAGAAUGUAAAAUGUAUUCAGGGGUUAUUUAGACUAAAAGUUUUCAAUAUUUUUUCAAACAAUUUUCUUAAAAUGAUGUUUGUGACAUUUUAUUUUGGUUAUCGCUUUUGAAAAGUCAAGGCUAUGAAGUCCGUUUGCUUCUUUUAUUCAUUCAAAAUACAUUAUCUGUGAUUUCAAAAAAGGUU